AUGCAAAUUCUAGAGGACCGGAAGCGAGGCUCGAGCACCGAGAGGAUCCACGUCGCCAAACGGAGCCGCGCGCAACCUCUGCGGUGGGAGGCGAGGCGGAAGGUUACCUUCUGGUGGGAGCCGCUUCAGAGGGCCGACCCUCGCCCCCGGGAGCCCUGGAUGGUGGCGAGCCUGUACAGCGGCACCGUGGUGGUCUGGAACCACGAGACGCAGAUGAUGCUGAAGACCUUCGAGCUGUGUGACCUGCCGGUCCGAGUGGCCAGGUUUGUAGCGCGGAAACACUGGGUCGUCGCCGGAGCAGACGACAUGCAGAUCCGCGUGUUCAACUACAACACUCUGGAGCGGGUCCACAUGUUCGAGGCUCACUCCGACUACAUCCGCUGCAUCGUGGUCCACCCCACGCAGCCCUACAUCCUCACCAGCAGCGACGACAUGUUGAUCAAGCUGUGGGACUGGGACAGAAAGUGGACGUGCAGUCAGGUGUUUGAGGGACACACUCACUACGUCAUGCAGGUUGUCAUCAACCCCAAGGACAACAACCAGUUUGCCAGCGCGUCUCUGGACCGGACCAUCAAGGUGUGGCAGCUGGGCUCCAGGACCCCCAACUUCACCCUGGAGGGCCACGAGAAGGGGGUGAACUGCGUGGACUACUACAGCGGGGGGGACAAGCCCUACCUCAUAUCGGGGGCGGACGACCGCCUGGUGAAGAUCUGGGAUUAUCAGAACAAAACCUGCGUUCAGACCCUGGAGGGUCACGCCCAGAACGUGACCUGCGUCUGCUUCCACCCGGAGCUGCCCAUCAUCCUCACGGGCUCCGAAGACGGCACCGUGCGAGUGUGGCACUCCAACACCUACCGGCUGGAGAACACGCUCAACUACGGCAUGGAGCGGGUGUGGUGCAUCAGCGGCCAGCCGGGCUCCAACAGCGUGGCGCUGGGCUACGACGAAGGCAGCAUCAUCAUCAAGCUGGGCCGCGAGGAGCCGGCCAUGUCCAUGGACGCCAGCGGGAAGGUCAUGUGGGCUCGCCACUCCGAGGUGCAGCAGGCCAACCUGAAGGCCAUGGGGGAGGCCGAGGUCCGGGACGGGGAGAGGCUGCCGCUGGGCGUCAAGGACAUGGGCAGCUGUGAGAUCUUCCCCCAGACCAUCCAGCACAGCCCCAACGGGAGAUUCGUCGUGGUGUGCGGAGACGGAGAGUACAUCAUCUACACCGCCAUGGCCCUGAGGAACAAGAGCUUCGGCUCGGCUCAAGAGUUCGUCUGGGCCCACGACUCCUCCCAGUACGCCAUACGGGAGGGCAGCAGCAUGAUCAAAGUAUUCAAGAACUUCAAGGAGAAGAAGACUUUCAAACCGGACUUCGGGGCUGAAGGCGUCUUCGGUGGCUUCCUGCUGGGCGUGAGGUCAAACAGCGGCCUGGCCUUCUACGACUGGGAGACCUGCGACCUGAUCCGCCGCAUCGAGAUCCAGCCCAAACACAUCUUCUGGUCUGACUCCGGGGAGCUGGUGUGCAUCGGCACGGACGAGUCCUUCUUUGUGCUGCGGUACCUGCCGGACCGAGUGGCGGCGGCUCUGGAGUCCAAGGAGGAGGCGACGGAGGACGGGAUCGAGGGCGCCUUCGAGGUGCUGGGGGAGAUCUCCGAGGUGGUGAAGACGGGGGCCUGGGUGGGCGACUGCUUCAUCUACACCAGCUCGCUGAACAGACUCAACUACUAUGUCGGAGGAGAGAUCAUCACCAUCGCCCACCUGGACAGGACCAUGUACCUGCUGGGCUACAUCCCCAAGGACGACCGCCUCUACCUGGGAGACAAGGAGCUGAACGUCGUCAGCUACGCGCUGCUGCUGUCCGUCCUCGAGUACCAGACGGCCGUCAUGAGGCGGGACUUCGGCACGGCCGACAAGGUCCUGCCCACCAUCCCCAAGGAGCAGAGGACCCGGGUGGCCAACUUUCUGGAGAAACAGGGCUUCAGGCAGCAGGCCCUGGCCGUGUCCACCGACCCGGAGCACCAGUUCGAACUGGCCCUGCAUCUGGGAGAGCUGAAGAUGGCGCAGCAGCUGGCCUCGGAGGCCCAGUCGGAGCACAAAUGGAAGCAGCUGGCUGAGCUGGCGACUGCAAAGUGCCAGUUCGGCUUGGCUCAGGAGUGCCUGCACCGCGCUCAGGAUUAUGGGGGAUUACUGCUGUUGGCCACGGCCUCGGGCAACGCCAACAUGGUGGGAAAGUUGGCCGAGGGGGCGGAGAGGGACGGGAAGACCAACGUGGCCUUCCUCACCUCCUUCCUGCAGGGGAGAUUGGACAAAUGUCUGGACCUUCUCAUCCAAACCGGACGGUUGCCAGAGGCAGCAUUUCUGGCGAGAACGUAUCUGCCCAGCCAUACGUCGAGAGUGGUGAAGCUGUGGAAGGAGAGUCUGUCCAAGGUCAACCGGAAGGCAGCAGAUGCUCUGGCCGACCCGUCCCAGUACAGCAACCUGUUCCCGGGCCUCCAGCAGGCCCUGCAGGCAGAAGGUUACCUGAAGGAGACUCAUGUGGGGGUCCGGCCCGCUGCAGAAUACCCGCUCGUCACGCCAAACGAGGAGCGGAAUGUUCUGGAGGAAUCUGCAGGUUUCGAGUUCAGAGGAGAGCUGGCCGAGCCGGAGGGAGCGCUGAAGAGCCUAAAUGAAACCGUCUUGGCGGCAGCAGCAACGGGGACGGCGCCUGAGGACGACGUUUUGGAAUCCACCACAGCGAUCCAGGUGGUUCGAUCCAGUCCGGUGGAGGACGUCCGGCCGUCAGUUGAGACGGAGGUUCAGGAAAUUCCACCGGCGGCUAAAAAUCCCGCUGCCCGCGAGUUCGGGACAACGGCAGAAACCGACCCGGCAGCAGAGGAAACAUCGAGUGCAACCAUAGCAACAGGCAGCGUCCAAGCGUCGUCCGAGACUGGGGGAACGCCUGAUGGCGGGGGACGGGGAGCGGGCGUCAUCUCCCCGAAAGCCCACGCGGAGGAGACUGGCGUCCCCGAGGGACGUGUCUCAGAGACAGCGGCGGCGGAGCCGCUCAUCUCCUUUGACAGCGAAGACGGCCCGCUGUGGGACGGGCCGUCCCCAGAGGCGGCCCCCGGACAGACCACAGCACUCCCAGUGGAGCCGGAGGACCUGCUGGAGCCUGCAGGGGCUCAGCAGACGGAGGUGGAAUCCAGCAAAGAGGACGAGGGACCUGCAGAGGACCACGAAGAGAUCCUCGAUCUGGACGAUUUUGACCUGGAGGACAUCGACACCACAGAUGUUAACCUGGAUGAAGAUUUCCUGAGCGAAUGAGGACAAAGAGCCUUUCUCGAGCUGCACGUUUGUUUUUGUUUUCAGGGACCAAAGAACUCCAAAGGGAUUCCUCACUAAUUCACAUCUACAAGAAGUCCCAAACAUCACUGCAUUAAUUAACCCUUGGACGUGUUCAGGCUGUAUUCAAACUCAGAUGGGAAGAAGAAAAAAAAGUGUGUGUGUGUGUGUGUUGGGGACCAGUUAAAAUAUCCUGUCAGUGGUUGGGGAAAUUGGGGAAAUUUGCUAUUGAAACAAGACAAAACUAAUUGCUGAACUUGCUUCAAAAUAUAAAUCCAUAUCUUAAGGGGGGGGUCUCACUUCCAAGUGACUGUUCUUGGUCAAACUCCUUUUCCUUCCUCCUCCAGUGCCAUUAAAGCCUUUGAGGUUUGAAUAUUGAUUUUGUUCCUUGACAUUCCUGAAACGAAGCUGCUUGGUUUUUAUCAGAUAUUUGGGCGCCCGGUUAAAAGUUUGUACCGCUGCUUCAGUUUGUCAGGUGAAAACCAGUGUUUUUGUCAUAAGUGCCUUACAUGUCUUGUGUUUUUCUUUUUGUUAAAGGAAUGACGGUUCUUUAGUCAUAUUUUAAAAAUAAAUUAAAGAGCUUCAAUCAAUAA